AUGGCGGAAAACGAGAAGAAGACUGAUGAUCGUCAGGAACAAGAAGAAGAAGAAGAAGAGGAGAUGGAGAAGAUAGAGAAGUUCUAUUCCCUCAUCAGACACUUUCGCGAGGCUCGAAAUCGUCUGAUCGGAUUACGAAAGACACGGCCAAACCAUGAGGUCGGCGAUGAAGUGGAGCAGGAGAAGAUGAAAACCAGCAAGAAAAGGAAGAAAACGGGCGAUGAUGAUCGUGAUCAUGAACGGAGAUUGAGUACUUGGGUGCCAUCAUUUGAAUGCGAGGAUUUCACCAACAAAGAGGUUGAGUAUCCAGGAACUUGUCUAAGCUUCCCUGCUCUUCCUUGUAACACUAGUGGUAACACUAGCAAUAAUGGUAAAGAAAAAGUAGAAGAUGAUGAUGCUUCAGAGUGUCUGGACCUUCGACUUGCCCUGUAA